CUAAUUGUAAUAAUUAGUACAUAAUUGAAGUUUCUUUUUCUUUUGAAGAAAAGAAAAAUUGUGUCUAAAAAAGUAUACAAGAACCAGUGAAUCACUCUACUAGUCUACUCGUCGCUCUGUCUCUACUCUCUAGCCAUCAAUCUUUCCGCUUCUCUCAAGGAACUUGAUGGAAAACAGUUCAGGUGAAGAAUCUGGUAUCAGUGAUUCCGAGAUUGAAGAGUAUGUAGAGAAACCAUAUCAAGCAUUGAGAACAGGGACAUACAAGGUGAAGAAUGCAAAUGGUACUCUUAAGUGCCCGUUCUGUGCUGGAAAGAAGAAACAAGAGUAUGGGUUCAAGGACCUGUACCAACAUGCCUCCGGUGUUGCUAAGGGUGCUGCCCAUCGAAGUGCUAAACAAAAGGCUAUCCAUCUUGCAUUGGCAAGAUAUUUAGAGGUUGACAUGGGUUUUGGAUCUGCACAAAAUAGUGGAGCAGCUGAGCCAGAACCACAGCCUAUUGAGCAAAAGGAGGAAGUCUACUGCUGGCCAUGGAUUGGAGUUGUUGUCAAUAUUGUGGAUGAUGGUAAGGCUGGAAAACAAUUGGCUGAUGGUGGAUUCUGGAUGAAAACUUUCUCCAAGUAUAAGCCUCUGGGAGUUGAAGUUUUUCAUGAUGAACAAGAACAAAUCGUGCAAGCUGUGGUUCACUUUGAGAAGGAGUGGACUGGCUUCAAAAAUGCAGGGGACUUCGAGAAGUCUUUUCAAGCUGGUCGUCACGGCAAGAAAGAGUGGAUUGCUGACAAAGAAAAUCUUAGUUCGGGUAUCUAUGGAUGGUUUGCCCGUGCUGAUGAUUAUCAUGCAGAGGGCCAGAUGGGUGACUACCUUCGCAAGAACUGUGAACUUAGGACAAUUGCAGAUGUUAUGCAAAUGGGUAAACAGGAUGAAAUUGUUGUUGACUUGGCUAAUCAGAUUGAUUUGAAGAACCAGAACCUGGACGAAAUGCAAUCAAAGGUCAAUGAGAAAGCUAUGUCCUUAAGUCGGAUGCUUGAAGAGAAAGACAAACUCCACCAAGCAUUUUAUGAAGAAACACGGAAGAUGCAGCGUCUUGCUCGAGAUCAUGUUCAAAGGAUUUUAUCGGAGCAAGAAAAUAUGAACCAUGAAUUGGAGUCGAAGAAAAGGCAGCUUGAUUGGCGUACAAGAGAAUUAAGCAAACGGGAGGUUUUAACUGAGCGUGAACGGCAGAAACUUGAGGAAGACAAGCAGCAGAAUGACGAGAGAAACAAUUCACUGCAAAUGGCUUCCGUGGAGCAGAAGAAAGCUGAUGAAAAUGUCUUAAGGCUUGUUGAAGAACAAAAGAGAGAGAAGGAAGAAGCCUUGAAGAAGAUUCUUCAGUUAGAAAAAGAGCUGGAUGCUAGGCAAAAAUUGCAGUUGGAGAUCGAGGAGUUAAAAGGUAAAUUAGAAGUAAUGAAGCAUCUGGGAGAUGAUGACGACGCUGCAGUCCAGAGGAAGAUGAAGGAGAUGACUGAAGAGUUGGAGCGGAAGAUUGAGGAUAUGAGUGAUCUUGAAGCAAUGAAUCAAACGCUCGUCAUCAAACAAAGACAGAGCAAUGAUGAACUGCAGGAAGCGCGGACUGUGUUAAUUACAGCUCUGUUGGAUAUUCUGCAAAGCAACCGGACUAAUAUUGGAAUCAAAAGAAUGGGUGAAAUAGAUGAAAGGGCCUUUGUUGCUGAAUGCAAGAAAAGAUUCACUGUGGAUGAGGCCUUGAUAAAGGCAAGUGAGGGAUGCUCUUUGUGGCAGGAGAACUUGAAAGAUCCCGCAUGGCAUCCUUUCAGAAUUAUCGAACAUAAUGGAAAGACUGAUGAAGUGAUCAAUGAGGACGAUGAGAAAUUGAAGAAGCUCAAGGAGCAGUGGGGUGAUGAAGUAUACCAAGCAGUGACAGUGGCCUUGAAAGAGCUCAAUGAAUAUAAUCCAAGUGGGAGAUAUGUAAUCAAUGAGCUUUGGAACUAUAAGGAAGGACGAAAGGCUACAGUGAAGGAGGUUGUUAAUUAUAUCUUUAAGAAUCUGAAGACUCUGAAGCGCAAGAGGUGAAGUUGCUAACUAAAAUGAUUCUUCAGGAACAUGUGAUCUCCAGCAAAUCCUCGAAAUUUCACCCUGUGUGAUCUUAAGUUAUGACAUUGUGUAUCAGUCGGCUAUUUUUGCCUAGUUUGUGCCAAGCUCGGUGAUACAACAUUUGUGUUGUCAGAACUUAAAUAUGGCAUAUCAUUAAGACAUUGUUGUAUCCUCUCUUGUUAAGUACAUAUCAUGCUUGUUGCUAAUAUCUGCUAAUAUUAUGAUAAUCUGAAUAACAGUUCCCUUGCA